AUGUCUGAAUUGGUGGCACGUACUGGUCGACUUCAACAACGGUACGAGGGCGGUUGUCGACUUGUUGCCGGGUGUAUUCCAUAUAGAUUUAGAGGUUAUAGUGAAGAUGGUAAUGCCAAUUCGGCGAAGGCUGUUGAGGUUCUUAUGAUCAACUCAUCCAGUGGACCAGGUCUCUUGUUUCCAAAGGGAGGAUGGGAGAAUGAUGAGACGGCUGAAGAGGCGGCUGUGAGGGAAGCCAUUGAAGAAGCAGGAGUUCGAGGAGAUCUAAUGGAUGUCAUAGGUUAUUAUCAGUUUAAGAGUAAAACACACCAAGAUGAUUCUUGCCCAGAAGGUUUGUGUAAAGCUGCAAUGUAUGCUUUGUUCGUCAAGGAGGAGCUUGAGUCAUGGCCAGAGCAGAGCACACGAACAAGAAGGUGGUUGACUAUACCUGAAGCAGUUCAGAGUUGCAGGCAUAAAUGGAUGGAAGAUGCUUUGAAGGACUUCUCUAUCUGGCUUGCAGAGAAGAUGUAA